UCCAAGUAUAGAGUACACUCUUUACUCUUUCUCUUAUAUCCAAAAACUACAUUCACAAAUUCUUCGAUUGAAAGCCAUGGAAGAUGGGAAUCUUGAUACAAACAAGGCAGAUAGAGCUGUGUGGUUGAUGAAAAGUCCACUUAUUGUUUCUGAUUGUCUUCAACCUUCCUCAUCCUCCAUUCCCAAUGGUGCCCGCGUCGCUAAAGUCAUUGUUUCUAUUGACCCUCUUCGCCCUGACGCUGAUGAUUCUACUGAGUUCACAAUGGAAUUAUCUGGCAAUAUUUUGGGAAAUGUGCCCAAACGUUAUUCAAUGGAAAUGUCCAAGGACUUUGUUCCGAUGUCUGUCUUUUCAGAGUCCCAAGGUAAGGUUUCUGUAGAAGGGAAAAUUAAAAACAAAUUUGACAUGAGGCCUCACAAUGAUACUAUUGCUGAUUAUGGAAGAUUCUGUCGUCAACGAACUGCAAAAUCUAUGACGAAAACUAGACAGAUUCAGAUGAUUGGCAGUGAUACGCCCAUGAUACCUAUGCCUGGGAUCAUUCAUACUCAGGAGAAGAAGAAAGCGGUUGUUAAAGGAUCAGACACAAAAAGAACAAGACGGGAUCGUGGAGAGAUGGAAGAUAUUUUGUUCAAACUUUUUGAACAUCAACCCAACUGGACUCUGAAAGAGUUGGUUCAGAAGACUGAUCAACCCGAGCAAUUCAUGAAGAACAUACUGAAAGACCUUUGUGUGUACAACAACAAGGGAGCUAAUCAAGGAAGCUAUGAACUCAAGCCAGAAUAUACGCGAACACUUAACGAUCCCAGUGCUUCGUAGGGUGUCAACAUGAUUCAUCUUGGUCUUUCUUUGCACAUACUCGCUUUAAACGAACAAAUAAUUCUUCCGUUGCAUCUCCUUUUUCUUUGUUUGAGAAUUUCAAGUAUUUUUUGUUGCAUAUAAAUGGCACAGGAUAGACAAUAAGAGUGAGAUAUGCAAUCAGGAUGUAAGAGGAGGCCAUGCCAUUAGCCAUAUUUAUAUCUAAUCUUAGAUCUAGUCUUUUUGCUUCUGAACAAUUGUGUACUUAGUGGUCCAAAGGGGUGCAAUAUUUUAUCACAUUUGUGACUUUCAAUCAUACUUUAUUUAAUCUUUUUAAGUUCGC